AUGUCGUUUCUGGAUCGAAUACAAGGCGGACUCAACAGAGUCCUACCCUCAAAACACACUGGACCUUCAACGUCAAUGUCGGGCGGGAUUGGGAAUGGUCACGGCAUCGUUCCGUUUGAAGACGAUAUGAUCGUCUCAAAACCAACCAUCGUCUUUCACGCUUCGCAAAUAUUCUUCAACUUUAUCGCUAUGGCAUGCUUUGCUAGUGUAGCGAGCUUCCAGGCGAAAUGGAAAGUCGGUCCAUCUGGUCUCUCUGGGUUUGCUAUAUUCGUUUCCGUCGCCGGAAUGUUCCUGUCAGCCUUCAUGCUUGCAGUCCCCGUCAUAUAUGAGAAGCACGACAAAUUUGUUCGUCUUGCGCGCGCUCUCAAAGAAGUUCGCGUCGGGUUCAUCCUUACGGGUGCUGGGAACGUUGUCUCCCUGUUGAUUGCCUUCAUAACAACGAUAUCUGCUUGGACACAGCCGGGCUGCAAGAACCCUGAUAACGACCCCCACGCCGAUCUCGGUGACGACUUCAAGCACGGCUUGGACGGUUGGUGUAUAACUAAGAAGGCUGGAGCUAUCUUCUUCUGGUUGGCAUUUGUCUCCUGGUUAGCAUCAUUGGUGAUGUUGAUCCUUGACUUCCGUUCGGGCAAACUACACCGACAUGUACCUCGUGAUCCUCCGUUCCACCCGCCGCCUGCAUCAGACGUAGGACAGCACGAUGAUGAAGACGAUGAAGAAUCAGCUUACCACAUCCCACCUGCCCAAUCCUCCCAGACCGAUGAAUAUCGCAGAUCCACCCUCGACAACUCGAACACCGCUAGCUCUCCCUUUGCUGAUUCUAAUCGUUACUCGGAUUACUCUGCGCCCAACACUGCUUAUUCUCCCAAUGUUCCUGUUGUUUCUCGACCCAGCAUGGACAUGUACGGUGCAUUCUCUGACCCUGCGCCAAGUGGGUUUGGUGCUUCUUCUCAAGCAAGCAGCUCGCCCUAUAGCAACGGGCCCCCAGUCCUACCAGAGCCAGAUGUUGGCCCUCGCGUGAGCCGUACAAUGCAAUACGCCGAUCCCUAUGCUGCUAUCAGGGCGAACAUAAGCCAGAAUCCUCCAGCAAGCAACACACCGCCAAGUUAUGAAAGCUUCCAAGGCUACCGAUGA